UCAUCAGCCCUCACCGGCACCGUGACUGCCCUCCGCUCAGACACCUCGCACCGGCACAAGUUAUCUCCAGCAGUGGGGUAGCUUCGUACUUGUCAUGGCUGAACAGACUGUCGUGGAGAAGAUGAGCGAGCUCAAAGUGAACGAAGGCAAAAAGGGUGGAGCUGAAAGUGGUAAAGAUGGAGGAAAGAAGAAAGCUAAAAAUGCUGCUGGGGAUGCUGGAGGCAAGGCGGAGCUGUCGCCGCCUCCUCAGUACAUUGACGAGCGUCUGACUUUGUACGCAAAGCUGAAGGCUGAGCAUGAAGCUCUGAUGGCAGAGAGGGCUGCAAAGGAGAGCAAACCUAUCAAGGUGACCCUGCCCGAUGGAAAGGUGGUGGAGGCCGAGUCCUGGAAGACCACGCCGUACCAGGUGGCCUGUGGAAUCAGUCAAGGCCUUGCUGACAACACGGUGAUCGCCAAAGUGAACAACGGCGUGUGGGACCUGGACAGACCUUUGGAAGACGACUGCAGCCUCCAGCUGCUCAAAUUUGAUGACGAGGAAGCUCAAGCUGUUUACUGGCACUCCAGCGCCCACAUCCUGGGAGAGGCCAUGGAGAAGGUGUACGGAGGCUGCCUGUGCUACGGACCCCCCAUCGAGAGCGGCUUCUACUACGACAUGUUCCUGGACAACAACGAGGGCGUAUCGAGCAACGACUUCCCCUGUCUGGAGAACCUGUGCAAGAAGAUCAUCAAAGAGAAGCAGCCGUUUGAGAGGCUGGAGAUCAAGAAGGAAACGCUGCUGGAAAUGUUCAAGUACAACAAGUUCAAGUGCCGCAUUCUGAAUGAGAAAGUCACCACGCCGACCACCACGGUUUACAGAUGCGGACCUUUAAUCGACUUGUGUCGAGGCCCCCACGUGAGACACACCGGAAAAAUCAAGGCCCUGAAGAUCCACAAGAAUUCUUCUACGUACUGGGAGGGAAAGGCCGACAUGGAAACCCUCCAGAGGAUCUAUGGAAUCUCCUUUCCUGACCCCAAAAUGCUGAAAGAGUGGGAGAAGUUUCAGGAGGAGGCCAAGAACAGAGAUCACCGCAAACUGGGCCGGGAGCAGGACCUGUUCUUCUUCCAUGACCUGAGUCCAGGGAGCUGCUUCUUCCUGCCUAAGGGGGCCUUCGUCUACAACACCCUAAUUGAGUUCAUCAGAAGCGAGUACAGGAAGAGAGGCUUCCAGGAGGUGGUGACACCCAACAUCUACAACAGCAAGCUGUGGCAGACCUCUGGGCAUUGGCAGCACUACAGCGAGAACAUGUUCUCUUUCGAGGCUGAGAAGGAGACCUUUGCCCUCAAACCCAUGAACUGCCCCGGACACUGCCUGAUGUUUGAUCACCGGCCUCGCUCCUGGAGAGAGCUGCCCCUUCGCAUGGCCGACUUCGGUGUGCUGCACAGGAACGAGCUGUCAGGAGCCCUGACUGGUCUCACCCGUGUCCGCCGCUUCCAGCAGGAUGAUGCUCAUAUCUUCUGCUCCAUGGACCAGAUCGAGGAGGAGAUCAAGGGUUGCCUGGACUUCCUGCGGACCGUCUACAAGGUCUUCGGCUUCACUUUCAAGCUCAACCUUUCCACGAGACCAGAGAAGUUCCUGGGAGAGCCGGCGAUCUGGGACCAAGCUGAGAAGCAACUGGAGAACAGCUUGAACGACUUUGGAGAGAAAUGGGUUCUGAACCCGGGUGACGGCGCUUUCUACGGACCCAAGAUUGACAUUCAGAUAAAGGACGCCAUUGGUCGAUACCAUCAGUGUGCCACCAUACAGCUCGACUUCCAGCUGCCGAUCCGCUUCAAUCUCACCUUUGUCAGCCACGACGGCGACGAUAAGACGAGACCCGUGAUCAUCCACAGAGCCAUCCUGGGAUCAGUGGAGAGGAUGAUCGCCAUCCUGACCGAGAACUACGGCGGCAAAUGGCCGCUGUGGCUCUCCCCUCGACAAGUGAUGGUCGUACCCGUGGGACCGACCUGCGAGGAGUACGCUGAGAAGGUCAGGCAGGAAUUCCACAACAGCGGCUUCAUGGCGGACGUGGACGUGGACCCGGGCUGCACCCUGAACAAGAAGAUCCGAAACGCACAGCUGGCGCAGUACAACUUCAUCCUGGUGGUGGGAGAGAAGGAGAAGACCAGCAACACUGUGAACGUACGCACCCGGGACAACAAAGUCCACGGCGAGCGCAGCGUGGAGGAGUGCAUCGAGCGUCUCAAGCAGCUCAAGACCUCCAGGAGUCUGAACGCCGAGGAGGAGUUCUGAGCGCUCUCAAGCAGCUUCCCGACAGCACCUCAAGUCUCUUAAAGGAUGGUUUUGUUUCUUUGAAGUGGGGUUGUGUGAGGUCCUUAGUCACCCAGUUUGAAGAAGCAGAGAGGAGAGCGCUGGCAGGAAAGCUAAGCAGCGUAGCGCUGUGCAUGGGGUCAGCAGCAAAAAGCAUAUUGUUUACCUCCAGUACCUGGUGUAACCUCAGCGCUCUGCCUCGCUAGCAGACAAUCCUUUCCUGUGCAUUGUGUAAAACUUGUGUGUUCCUGUGCACCAGACUCGCACAUUGUGUUGUGCUGCAGGUGUAACGAAGGACACAGAAGUUCUACGGCUGAGGAGAUGCAAAGGAAAGCGCUUGUUGACGGCGUGGUCAAGUGGCGAGGAUGUUCUAAACAAAGCGUACACUUGAACAGAUGUUAAAUCUUUUUCUUUUGCUGAAAUGCAUUUUGCUGCUGACCUCCUUCACAGUGCUGCACUACUUAGCCUUUCUCAAACUGCAGCUAUCACACCGGAUAAGGAGCUCAUUUUAACCUCACUACAGAGAAACCAAACUAUUCGUUUAAAGGGGCCACGUGGUUAAAAUCUGUUUGUGACAGGAGGAUAGAACUGCCUUCAAACGCCGCCUCGCCUGUCCUCAUCUAAGAAGUCUCAUGUUUCUGCUGCCACUGUCUUUUCCCGGUGUCUUCCGUCGCCUGUUCGCAUCGCUGUUCUCCGUUUCUGUACUCCAUGGAACGAAGUUUAAUCAUCCGUAUCCCUCCUGCUUAUACCGAAAUCCAACUAGUAAGACUGUAAUGUGAUUUCUUUUUAAAGAGCUUCACAGAACACCUCUGUGAAUAACUACAAAUUGCACCACAGAGCUGUUUUUCUUGAAACCUUUUCCAGAUGCAAUGAACUGAUCUGAGCAGAGGCCGUUUGUACCGACGUCUCCACACUUUGUAUCAGACACUCGUUGUUGCUUCAGGGAAUUGUACAUGAAUUUUGAUAAUUAAACAGUCUAUUCUUUA